UCCUGAGGGUCUGGAUCAGGACAGUGCGUCAGCCUCCAGUGGCGGCCCGCUCAGGGGACGCUCCGCUGUCGGCAGGAAACACCGCUUCGACCUGGCUGCACGCACGCUGUUAGCACGAGCUGCCGGACUGUACCGCUCGGUACAGGCCCACCACAGCCAGUCUCGCCGCGAGGUCUCCUCCCUGCAGCAGCAGCAGGACCCCGGGGCCCUGUACGACUUCAACCUGGACGAGGAGCUGGAGAUGGACCUGGACGAGGAGACCAUGGAGGCCAUGUUCGGCCAGGACCUGGCCAGCGACACCGACAUUCUGGGAAUGUGGAUCCCGGAGCAUGUGUGUGAGACAGACGAUCGAGAUGAAGUGGUGGUGUGCGAGCUGUGCGAGGCCAAUGUGGCCAACUUCAAUCAGCACAUGAAGAAGAGCCACCCGGGCUGCGGACGCAGCGCCAAUCGCCAGGGUUACCGCAGCAACGGCUCGUACGUGGACGGCUGGUUCGGAGGCGAGUGCGGGAGCGGAAACCCCUACUACCUGCUGUGUGGCGGCUGCAGAGAGAAGUACCUGGCCAUCAAAAGCAAAGCCAAAGUGCCCAUCGUGGAGAG